AUGCGGCGGGCUCGGGCCGCGGCGCUGGUGGCUCUGGCUGUGCUGCUCAUCGUGGCUGCAGUCAAAGCCCAGGUGCAGCAGGAGGCAUUCCUGCAGACCACCGAGGGCACCAGCAUCAGCAUCAAGUGCUCACAUGCCAAUAUCCGGACUGGUGAUUUCAUCCACUUUUACCGUCAGCUGCCUGGCAAAAGACCCGAACUCCUGGCAGUCACUGCUAAAGCUCCCAAGGCGGUGCGAGUCCCUAAAGGGCGUCUGACGGUGUCGGCAGAUCGGCGUUCGAGCUCGCUGUGGCUCGCUGAGCCCCGGCGCGGGGACGCGGCCGUGUAUUACUGCGCGCUGGGGGCCACGGGCAGAGGAGCCGGGGCUGCGGCCGGGCACGAACCGCCGCGGGCGGGGCCAGCAGGGGGCGCUGCCGCUCCGCCCGCCGGAGCCGCCGAGUCCCGCUCGUCCCGGGCUGCCGCCACCAGCACCGGCAACGGGACCGACAGAAGCACCGCCAAUAGGACCGGCACCGGCACUGGCUACAGAACCGGGAUCGUCACCUGCACUGACACCAGAACCAACACCGGCACUGACAAUGGGACAGGGACCGGCACCAACACUGCCAAUGGACAUCAGCACGGGCAAUUGACAUCAAAACCGACACCGGCAAUGGGACCGGGACAGAUACCUGCACUGACACCGUAA